AUGCGAAAGUUAACCCAACAAACGCACCUGGGAAAUGAUUGACCCACUCGUUAGCUGAGCCAUGGAGGAGCUGACAACGUCUGUUCGACAGCAACACAAGUUCAGUGUUGGCAAACUGCAAAUAUAUCUGUCUGCCGAGUCACUGACCGUGUCCAACAAUGACACGCUCACUGUUAGACAGUAUAGCGCUGGCCAGUCAAACCCAACCUUCCUCAUUCAAUCCCCCUCAGACGAGCAUGUUCUCAGGAAGAAACCGCCAGGCGAGCUGCUUCCAGGAGCUCACAAGGUGGACAGGGAGUAUCGGGUGCAGAAGGCCCUCUUCUCAGCUGGAUUCCCUGUACCUCAGCCUCUCUUGCACUGCACUGAUGCUGAAAUCAUUGGAACAGAAUUCUACUUGAUGGAGCAUGUGAGGGGCCGUAUAUUCAGGGAUCUUCGUCUCCCUGGAGUGAGUGCAGCGGAGAGAGCAGCCCUCUAUGUGGCCGCAGUAGAAACGUUGGCAAAGCUACACUCACUGGACCUGGCAUCACUGAACCUUGAAGGAUAUGGGAAAGGAUCAGGUUACUGCAAGAGACAAGUGUCCACCUGGACAAAGCAGUACACCGCAGCAGCCCACCGAGACAUUCCAGCCGUGAAUGAACUGUCUGAUUGGUUGAUGAAGAAUUUGCCAGCCACUGACGACGAGGUCACGCUUGUGCAUGGAGAUUUCCGAUUGGACAACUUGAUAUUCCAUCCAAGAGAGGCGCGUGUGAUGGCAGUCUUGGACUGGGAGCUGUCUACCACUGGGCAGCCGUUGGCGGACCUGGCCUAUUUCCUCAUGCCUCACUACUGGCCCACAAGCAUGAACAUCACAAGCACCAUGGGCAGCUUAAAGGGAAUAGAAGGCAUCCCAACUGUGGAAGAGCUGAUUUCCAUUUACUGCCGAGUCCGGGGGAUCCCGUCUGCUUUGCCACAGUUGAAUUUCUACCUGGCCCUGUCUGUCUUUAAAAUGGCAGGAAUUGCACAGGGGAUCUAUGCACGCCACCUACUGGGUAAUGCCAGUGCUCCCAAUGCAGCACAGUUCGGCCAGUGUGUGGAGCCCUUGGCUAAGGUUGCCUUGCAGCUUGCACAUAGGUCUGACACCGGUCCAGCAGGAGAUGGCCUGUUCCUGCAGACGGCCAGAGGUCAGGAUGUUCUGCAGCAGGUCAAAGACUUCAUGAGACAAUACGUGCUUCCUGCUCAGGAGGAAGUCGCAGAGUACUACUCCAAACACGCUCAGUCUCCACAGAGGUGGCACACCCCGACUGUAAUACAGGAUCUAAAGGUGAAGGCGAGGGAGGCGGGGCUGUGGAACCUGUUCCUGCCUGCGGUCAGCGGCCUCAGUCAGUUGGACUAUGCCUACAUUGCAGAGGAAACUGGACGUUGCUUUUUUGCCCCUGAAGUCUUCAACUGCCAGGCUCCUGACACGGGAAACAUGGAGGUGCUCCACAUGUUUGGCAGUGAGGACCAGAAGAGCAAAUGGCUGGAGCCUCUGCUCAAAGGAGAGAUUCGCUCCUGCUUCUGUAUGACAGAGCCUGAUGUGGCCUCCAGUGAUGCAACCAACAUGGAGUGCACCCUUAGCAGGGAUGAAGACAACUUCGUCAUAAACGGCAAGAAAUGGUGGAUCAGUGGUGCUGGCAACCCCCAAUGCAACGUGGCCAUCGUGAUGUGCAGGAGCGACUCUCAGGAUGUUAAAACCAGACACGGCCAACACAGCAUGGUCCUCGUGCCCAUGGACACGCCGGGCGUGAAGCUCGUCCGACCGCUCACUGUGUUUGGACAGGACGAUGCCAUCCACGGCGGACACUUCGAAGUGCACUUUGAAAACGUGCGUGUCCCGAAACGUAACAUUAUCUUGGGGGAAGGCCGGGGGUUUGAGAUCGCCCAGGGUCGUCUGGGGCCGGGCCGGCUGCACCACUGCAUGAGGGCUGUCGGUCUGGCCGAGUUGGCCCUGGAGCUGCUCUGCCAGCGGGCGGCCUCCAGGCACACGUUCGGAAAGAAGUUGUACCAACAUGAGGUCGUCGCUCACUGGAUUGCAGAAUGCCGAAUCACGAUAGAGCAGACGCGCCUGCUGACUCUGCACGCUGCUCGAGCCCUGGACACGCGGGGCAGCCGGGCUGCUCGCAAACAGAUUGCUAUGAUCAAGGUGGCAGCAGCGAGGAUGGCGUGUCAGGUGGUGGACUGUGCGAUACAGGUCUAUGGAGGAGCAGGUGUGUCUGGAGACUUCCCACUAGCACAGAUGUAUUCAUAUGUGCGGACGCUCCGCAUUGCUGAUGGGCCAGAUGAGGUGCACCUCUCCACCAUCGCUCAGCUGGAGCUGAGGGACCAACUCAAGAAGGCACGGGCCAAGCUGUGAAGUAAUUACAUCCUGUGGCCACAACUUUUUAAUCAAUGACUAUUUGCCUUAAUAAAAUUGUUCUCACUAAAUGUCUAAUGGAAAAAGGCUUUGUGAAACUCGUGCCAUCAAAACAAGUAAUUGGUUGUAUAUUUUUCACUGCAACGGACUAAAUAAAAAUAUUACAGUUUCUGAAUGUC